GGGCACGUCGACGCCGGCGCCGCGCAGCCGGGCCAGCUCCUCCUCCGCUCCGCCAGUGUCCGGCCGCGGGCCGGCCUUAGUGACUGGGGCGGCGGGCCCCGGGGCCGCGGCGUGGGGCGGGCAGGCGGACGCCGGCCGCGGGCUGCCUUCGUCGGCUCCCAAGCUCGCCCGGAGCGAGCAGCCGCCCGCGAGCCGCCGCGGAGCCUCCUCGCCCGCUCCCGCCGGUGAGCAAGAUGAUGUGCGAGGUGAUGCCGACCAUCAGCGAAGCAGAAGGCCCCCCUGGAGGAGGUGGGAGCCAUGGUUCCAGCUCCCCUUCGCAGCCAGACGCGGAUUCACAUUUUGAACAGUUGAUGGUCUCCAUGUUGGAAGAAAGGGACCGCCUUCUUGACACACUGAGAGAGACUCAAGAAACACUGGCCUUAACCCAGGGGAAGUUACACGAGGUUGGUCAUGAAAGAGAUUCCUUGCAGAGACAGCUCAACACGGCACUUCCACAGGAGUUUGCGGCACUUACUAAGGAACUCAAUGUGUGCAGGGAACAGCUUCUUGAAAGGGAAGAAGAAAUUGCUGAACUGAAAGCAGAAAGGAAUAACACCAGGCUGCUGUUAGAGCAUUUGGAAUGCCUCGUCUCCAGGCAUGAGCGGUCUCUUAGGAUGACCGUGGUGAAGAGACAAGCGCAGUCCCCAGCAGGCGUGUCCAGCGAAGUGGAAGUGCUGAAAGCACUGAAGUCCUUAUUUGAACACCACAAAGCUCUGGAUGAAAAGGUGAGAGAGCGAUUACGAGUAGCACUUGAAAGAUGUAGUUUGUUAGAAGAGGAAUUAGGUGCCACACACAAAGAGCUAAUGAUUCUUAAAGAACAGAAUAGUCAGAAAAAAACACUAACAGAUGGAGUGCUGGACAUAAACCACGAACAAGAAAAUACACCAAGCACGAAUGGAAAGAGAUCUUCUGAUGGUUCUUUAAGCCAUGAGGAAGACCUUGCUAAAGUAAUUGAGCUCCAAGAAAUCAUAAGUAAGCAGUCAAGGGAACAGAGCCAAAUGAAAGAACGCCUGGCUUCCCUCUCCAGUCACGUGUCAGAGCUGGAAGAGGAUCUGGACACUGCUAGAAAAGAUCUCAUCAAAUCUGAAGAAAUGAACACAAAAUUGCAACGAGAUGUCCGUGAAGCCAUGGCCCAAAAGGAAGACAUGGAAGAGAGAAUCACUACUCUUGAAAAACGCUACCUCGCUGCACAGCGUGAAGCCACAUCUGUGCAUGACCUCAAUGAUAAACUUGAAAAUGAAAUUGCAAAUAAAGAUUCUAUGCAUCGACAGACUGAAGAUAAAAACCGCCAGUUACAGGAGCGCUUGGAAUUGGCAGAGCAAAAGCUGCAGCAGACACUGAGGAAGGCAGAGACGCUCCCUGAGGUGGAGGCGGAGCUGGCCCAGAGGGUGGCAGCGCUUUCCAAGGCUGAAGAGAGACACGGCAACAUUGAAGAAAGGUUACGGCAGAUGGAAGCACAGUUGGAGGAGAAGAAUCAAGAACUGCAGCGGGCAAGGCAAAGAGAAAAAAUGAACGAAGAACAUAAUAAACGUUUAUCAGACACUGUUGACAAGCUACUUUCAGAAUCUAAUGAGAGGCUUCAACUUCAUCUUAAAGAGAGAAUGGCUGCUUUGGAAGAUAAGAAUUCUCUAUUAAGAGAAGUUGAAAAUGCAAAAAAACAAUUGGAAGAAACACAACACGAUAAGGAUCAGCUUGUCCUGAACAUUGAAGCACUGAGAGCUGAACUAGACCAGAUGAGGCUAAGAGGUGCUUCACUUCAUCAUGGCCGACCCCACUUGGGCAGUGUCCCAGAUUUCAGGUUCCCCAUGGCAGACGGCCACACAGACUCCUACAGCACCAGUGCAGUGCUGCGGCGCCCGCAGAAAGGCCGUCUGGCAGCCCUGCGAGAUGAGCCUUCCAAGGUACAGACUCUUAAUGAGCAGGAUUGGGAACGUGCCCAGCAAGCUAGUGUCUUGGCAAAUGUAGCACAAGCAUUCGAGAGUGAUGCUGACGUGUCUGAUGGUGAAGAUGACAGGGACACUCUCCUCAGCUCAGUUGACCUGCUGUCGCCCAGCGGCCAGGCCGACGCGCACACGCUAGCCAUGAUGCUUCAGGAGCAGCUGGACGCCAUCAACAAAGAGAUCAGGUUGAUUCAGGAAGAAAAAGAAAACACAGAGCAGCGGGCAGAGGAGAUUGAAAGUCGAGUUGGCAGCGGAAGUCUAGACAAUCUUGGUCGUUUUAGAUCAAUGAGCUCCAUUCCCCCCUACCCUGCUUCCUCACUUGCUAGCUCCUCCCCUCCGGGCAGUGGGCGCUCCACCCCACGAAGGAUCCCUCACAGCCCAGCCCGGGAAGUGGACAGACUGGGCGUCAUGACCCUUCCAUCUCCAGAUUCAUUUUUAAUCCAGACCUCAGGUCCCCAUCAGUCUGUAGUUUACUCAUCCACCUCCCCUCCCAGUUCCAUCCCAUGCUAUAGCGAUUCUUCACAGCAUGCUCAGCCUAGUGAUUUAAGGAAACAUCGUAGAAAGUUGCCACCUUCCAGAGAAGAGGUACGAGAUGACAAGACAACCAUAAAGUGUGAAACCUCCCCGCCUUCCUCCCCGAGAGCCCUUCGGUUAGACCGGCUGCACAAAGGGGCGCUGCACACCGUCAGCCACGAGGACAUCAGGGACCUAAGGAACUCCACAGGCUCCCAGGAUGGUCCCGUGAGCAAUCCCAGCAGUAGCAACAGUAGCCAGGACUCGCUCCACAAAGCCCCAAAGAAGAAAGGCAUUAAGUCCUCCAUUGGCCGCUUGUUUGGCAAGAAAGAAAAGGGCCGACCUGGACAAACCGGCAAAGAAGCAUUAGGACAAGCUGGCGUUUCCGAGACAGAUAAUUCAUCUCAGGAUGCCUUGGGACUUAGCAAAUUGGGAGGACAGGCUGAAAAAAAUCGUAAACUUCAAAAAAAGCAUGAAUUGCUGGAGGAAGCCCGGAGACAAGGUUUACCUUUUGCCCAAUGGGACGGGCCAACGGUUGUGGUCUGGCUGGAGCUCUGGGUUGGGAUGCCAGCCUGGUAUGUGGCUGCGUGCCGAGCAAAUGUGAAAAGCGGGGCCAUCAUGUCGGCCCUGUCCGACACGGAGAUCCAGCGUGAGAUCGGCAUCAGCAACCCCCUGCACAGACUGAAGCUGAGGCUGGCCAUCCAGGAGAUCAUGUCGCUGACCAGCCCGUCCGCCCCACCCACGUCUAGAACGACCACAGGAAAUGUCUGGUUAACACACGAAGAGAUGGAAACGCUCGCAGCCACGCCGCAAACGGAAGAUGAGGAGGGAAGCUGGGCUCAGACACUCGCCUAUGGGGACAUGAACCAUGAGUGGAUCGGCAACGAGUGGCUCCCCAGCCUGGGCCUACCCCAGUACCGUAGCUACUUCAUGGAGUGCCUUGUAGACGCCAGGAUGCUGGACCACUUGACCAAGAAAGACCUUCGAGGGCAGCUGAAAAUGGUCGACAGUUUUCACAGAAACAGUUUCCAGUGUGGAAUUAUGUGCCUGAGAAGGUUAAAUUAUGACCGGAAAGAACUGGAAAGAAAAAGAGAAGAAAGUCAGAGUGAAAUAAAAGACGUGCUUGUUUGGAGCAAUGAUCGAGUGAUUCGCUGGAUCCUAUCAAUUGGCCUUAAAGAAUAUGCAAACAAUCUUAUAGAGAGUGGUGUUCACGGAGCACUUCUGGCCUUAGACGAAACCUUCGACUUCAGUGCACUGGCACUGCUAUUACAGAUCCCAACGCAAAACACACAGGCUCGUGCUGUCUUGGAAAGAGAAUUUAACAACCUUUUGGUCAUGGGGACUGAUAGAAGGUUUGAUGAAGAUGAUGAUAAAAGCUUUAGGAGAGCACCUUCAUGGAGAAAAAAGUUUAGACCAAAGGACAUUCGCGGCUUAGCUGCUGGGUCAGCAGAGACUCUCCCUGCAAACUUCCGGGUCACUUCUUCUAUGUCUUCCCCCUCAAUGCAGCCAAAGAAGAUGCAGAUGGACGGCAGCUCCCCUCAGGUCCCUCCGUAGGCGCUGCUGUAGUUGUGAAGAUGUGUGUCUACUUGUGCCCUCAUGUGAUGUUCUAAGACUAACUGCACGCUGUGUUUGCACGCUUCCUCUCGUGGCUGUUGAAACAGGCAAUGUAUCAGGAACACAGAGGUUGGAUUCUGCUACAGUCAGGACUUACUCCUGCUAAAGUCUCCUGUUGGUGAGUAGAGAGCACCACAACCCCUGGAGGUGGCUCAGAGGCACAGCAGGAGUCAUCGGAGCUGCAGUGCCAGACUAGGGGUGUGGACCAUGAAAGCCAAUGCAGUUUUUGGGGAAUUUAAAAUAUAUAGAGACACAAGCUCUCCGUACCCAUUAAGAUAAUGAUGUUGUUACAAUUGAUCAUAAAGAGGUUAGUGUGUCCUCUUUUUUUUAAGGGAAAAAAAACCGUAUUUUCACCGUUUCCUUAAACCUGAAAAUGCUGACUCAUUUUAAUUGUCUGUGGAUGUCAUGCGGGUGCAGUGGGGAGGAGAGCAGAGCAUGGCAGAGAGCGUCGGGGGAGUCUCUCACCCUGACGUCGUUAUGCACAUGGCCUUGAUUCCUAAGCUUGCUUCGUUUUAAAUACACAUUCUUGAAUGAAACAAGCCCAAAGUUUUGUGGUUAAUGACAUACUGUAUUAAGUGUGACACUAAUAGCCUGUCAGUUUGGAGAGACUGGUUCCUAAAACUACGGACUCUGGCUGGUGAGUGGCCCGCCCUCUCCUUGCUGUUCUAAGCAAUUUUAAGGUCUCCGUUGGCAUAUUUGACUGGUUUGUUCAUCUUUUAUUUGUAAUUGGUAACUUGUAGACGUAAGCCAAAAUGAAGUCAGCCAAGGAACUGUCUCAUUGAUGUGCAUAGCCCUUGAUGUUCUAGCCAGUGAUUCUCAGAGCAGCUACGGCACAGAAAAGUGACGGUCCUGGAGGGGAGGGGCCAGGGUUGGGACGUUUGGGCUCCAGCGUCAGAAGCUCCCUUUCGUCAGCACGGCCCAGCCUGCACUGAGUGGCUUUUUGUUUGUGUUUAUUUUCCAGUUUACCCACACUACUUCUACCGAUGAUUACGCAGCAUUUGAAUCCAACAAAGACUACAUUUUAGAAUCCAAUGGAAUCUUUAAUCUGUUAAUACUUGUUAUAUGGACCCUAAGAUAUUUUAUUACAGAGUUUUUAAUUAGUGAAAAAUUCAUGAAUACCAUAGAGAAAAUAUUUUAGAAUUUAAUGUUUCUUAUAUUUAUGUAAACUUAUGACUCUUCAUUUAUAUAGUUACUUACUUUUUCAUGUAUAUCCAGGCUAUAAAUAUCCUUUCAAAUCAUGUUCUUAUACCUAAUUUUAGUCUUUCAAAUGAAUGUACUGUAAUGCUUGUAUGUAUAAAUCCUAUGAACAAAUAGAGGGCUUUUGUAAAUUAUGCAUUUAUUGUAAUUAUCAUUAAUUUUUUAAUGAUAAACCAUGAAAAGGAUUUUACUACAUUUAUAAAAUUAUGACAGAAGCAAUGUGCAUUAUCCUUUACAGAUGCAGCCUAGCUCUACAGCAAUCAUUCUGAAAUAAGCAUACCUAAUUUCAAGCAAUUGUAUUUUAAUGACUGACCUUAACUAUACUUUUUCUAGUAAGAAAUGCUUUAUUCUGCAGCAUGAACAGAUUUAAAAUAGCUGGUGUUAAAUAUCAGCUCCUAAUAAAAUGUGGACUGAAAAGACUAUCACAACACUCUGAGAAGCCCCUAGCACUGGUUAACGCUUUCCUAGCCUAGUCUCUGGAUUUGGGGAGCUUGUCUUCAGUGGCUGACAGAGACCGUGAGCUGGGAGCAGUUCUCUCAGCUGGAGAGACUCGGGAUGGGGUAACCUGGGGACCAGCCCAGCCCCUGCGCCCUCUUCCCUGCCUCUGCUCCUUGGGAGUGGGUGGAGAGACACCCACGUAGCUCCGCUUAGGGCCAGCCACCAAGCACCACGCGCUCAUUCUGCAAGUCGGCGCACACAGCGAAUGAAGGCAGGAGACCCGGAAAGCAGUGCAGUGCAGCUCUAAUAAAGGCCUUAUUUUUCUUAUGUAAAUUAUCUUUUUACAUUUGUUUGUAAACAUGUUUAAAGAAUGAACCUAGUGGGACAUUUUUAGACCUCGAUGUUAUAGCCAUUUUGGAUUGUGUAAGUUGCAGAUGUGGCUUUUACUUUUUCAAUGGCAUAUUAAAAAGCCAGCAAAGCGUGUCAGACCAUGGCGUGGUAUUUCCUGUGCAGCAGAUACAGAGGUGGAGGCAGCCUGUCUUUUCACAGUUGGUUUCUGCUUUUAAUUUACUUGUACAAUUCAUUGUUACUGUUCUGUUUUUCUAUUAAUCUUUUGUGAACUUCCUGAUUAUGUAACAAAGUAUGUACAGUCUACUUUUGAACUAUUUUUAUCACAGUAUUAUUUAUUGCUUUCUUUCAAUAAAGUACUGAAGCAUUUUCCACUGCCAAUGAA